AUGGACAAACAUACAAAAGCUGCAGCAGCAGCAAAGCUUGAUUCUAUGAUAGAAAAAGUCAGCUACCCUUCGUUCAUGCUCAACACGACCUACUUGAAUAAUUAUUACAAGCAGCUUGAUGUCGUUGAAGGAAACUGGUUUACAAAUUUGAUACGGUGGAAACAAUUUGAUUUGGACAGAAUGAUUGGGCAAUUAACCGAGAAACCUGAUCGACGAAGGUGGAUUUCCCCGCCCGUAACAGUGAGUCCCUUCUACUCACCAAUUAGGAAUGAACUUUUCUUUCCGAUGGCACUUUUUCAUUUACCAUUUUUUUCAGAAGAAGGACCUCAGGCACUGAAUUUUGGAGCCAUUGGAUCCGUCAUAGGUCAUGAAAUAACUCACGCAUUUGGUAUCAGAGGUAUGCAUUAUGAUGGAAAGGGCCAGCUAAGAAAUUGGUGGGACCCAGAAACUGCAAAGAAAUUUAACAUCACUACACAAUGUGUCAGAAGGACAUACAGCUCAUACAAAGUGGAAAAUUUAAACGUGGAUGGUGACAUGACACUAGACGAAAACAUUGCCGAUAAUGGAGGUCUUCGGGCUGCAUAUGUGGCAUAUUUAUUAUGGACUGAGGAGCAUGGAGAAGAAAAACCUCUUCCUGGAAUUGAUCUAACUCCAGCUCAACUCUUCUAUGUCAGCUUUGCCCAGAUGUACUGUUCAGGAUGGACCAAAGAAGGAAUAUGGCACCAUAUUCUUACGGACCAUUUUGCUCCUGGAAAAGCCAGGGUCAUUGGUGCCGUCUCAAAUUCUAGAGCCUUCUCUUCAGUCUUUGACUGUCCAUUCACAUCUGAAAUGAAUCCCUCAACAAAAUGUGAAGUCUGGUGA